UGUCACCUAAAUCAAAAACAUGAAUUUUUCAUAGAAUUCAAAAUCAUUUUAUAUUCAUUUAUUAUGAUAAAUUCUUUGUGCUAAAUAUUGUAGCAAUAUGGAUGUAAAUGAUCCAGAAUUUGACCCAUAUUGUGAUCCAGCUAAUCCACGCAAGAUCAAAUAUGAUGACGUAUUGGCGGCUUCGCGUCGGUGUGUCGGAUGUGUCGUAAGAACACCAUGUGUGAAAGGUCAUAUGUCUGAAACACUCGGGAUGGAGUUGUAUUUCAAACAAGAAUUCCUACAGUAUACGGGAAGUUUUAAGGAGCGUGGGGUGUGCAAUACGUUGUUGCUCCUCUCUGAAGAACAGAAAAGGAAUGGAGUAAUUACAGCUAGCACGGGGAACCAUGGGAUGGCAUUGAGCUACCACUCAGCCCGGCUCGGCAUACCGUGUGUGGUCGUGAUGCCGGUGCGCACACCGCUCACCAAGAUCUCUAAAUGUACGAGUUUCGGUGUGAAACCUUUGCUGCACGGUUUAUCUAUUGCUGACGCUAAACUGUACGCCAUGACGAUGAGUAAAGAGAAAAAAAUGGUAUAUGUCAACGGAUAUGAUCAUCCUAACGUGAUAGAAGGUCAAGGGACGACGGGUAUAGAAAUCAUGGAGCAAGUGCCAGAUGUGGACGCUAUAGUAAUCCCGGUUGGCGGCGGUAGCCUCAUCUCUGGUGUCGGAGUGUGUGCCAAGCACAUCAAGCCUAGCAUCGAAAUCUAUGGCGUAGAGACCGACAAAACAUGUAGUAUGGUUGAAUCCUUUCGUAAAAAUGAACGGGUGUUCUAUCCGAUAGACACAACCAUAGCUGAUGGACUGGGGGUGAAUAAAGUCGGAGUCAACACAUUUUUCACCUUAAAAGGAAUAGUCGAUAAAAUGGUUGUGGUUAAAGAGGACUGGGUGGCCCGGGCGGUGAUGCAUAUUGUGGAACAAGAAAGGUUCGUGGUGGAGGGCGCCGGGGCGACCGGGGCCGCCGCUUUAAUGGCUGGCCUCUUCCCCAACCUGAAAGGGAAGAAAGUGGUGUGCAUUCUGACCGGGGGCAACAUCGACACGACGAUCCUGGCACGAGCGCUGGAGCGGGGCAUGGCAGCGGAGGGGCGGCUGGUGAAGUUCAAGGUGACGGUGAGCGACCGGCCAGGUGGCAUGGCCGAGUUGUGCAGCCUCAUGGCCACCUGCGGCGUCACGCUACGCGACUGCAUCCCCGAGCGCGCCUGGGUCAAGGGAGACGUCUACAGCGUUGAGCUGAAAAUAAUAGCCGAAACACGGGGUUGGGAUCACACAAAAGAGCUGAUGGAACUCGUAAAGAAAUCGUACAAGGAUUGCUUCUUCCAAGAGAUCGGCGGAGGCUCAGAGAAACCCACCGUUCGCCGCGGCCCAUGCCUAGCGCCUAACCCUAUCUGUAUGCAGAAAUAGAACUAUAGACCCCACUUAUUAUAGAACACCUUACUUAUUA